AUGUCUCUGACUGUGUCGUCUUCUUCAUUUCAUUUCUUUCCAUAAACCCUACUGCUUCUGCGCCAGCAAUUAACCAACCCUCCACAAACCCUCUUCUCCCCUUCCUCUCCAUUACAUUCUGUACUAAAUUUAAUCCUUUUCCGUUUCCUCUUAUAGUACAUACGGGGUAAACUAUAUAUAUACCAGACCGCCAUUGCAAUCCGUGAGAUGCGCCGCGAAUAUGCAGUAUCUGUUGCGCAGAACCUCCACUUUCUCCGCCUCUGCCUCUGGCCCCCCUACUACUUCUCUUUUCUCCCUUGAAACCCCUCUGCCUCUCCUCAGUUUCCCUCUUCUUCCUUCCGCCGCCAAGGCGACCAUGGCCUCUUCCGCCGUUGCUCACCCCCGCACUCACUCCAGCCACCACCUCUUGAGCCGUACCUUUCCCUCGAUUACCUCCGCUAAUACCAUCAGGCUUGCCAAACUCCUCCCAUCCAGUUACCGUCCCUGCGGUUGCUCCGUUGACAGCGGCGCUGCUGCGCUGCUAUCCAGGUCUUCGGUGGUUUCCAAAGAGGGUGGUUUUAGCGGGUUGAGUGCGAUUGGGAGAGCUUCGUUUUGCACGCAUGCUGGUGAUUGUGUUUCGGAGAAUGACGGUGGUGAGUGUGUGUUGGAGGCGGACAAGGACGAGGGAGCGAAUAACGCGGGAAAUGUAAAGGCGGCGAGGGUGCAGAGGAGGCCGAGAACUGGCGGCGGAGCCAUGGCGGAUGGGAGCCCCGAUCUACUGACAAUACCUGGAGUGGGGCCUAGGAAUUUCAAGAAGCUUGUGGAGAAAGGGUUUGAGGCCGUUGCGCAGCUCAAACAGCUUUAUAAGGACAAGUUCUUUGGUAAAUCCAGUGAGAAAAUGGUGGAGUUCUUACAGAGUUCUGUUGGGAUUAUACACAAAAACCAUGCUGAGAGUAUCACCACCUAUAUCAAGGAGAGUGUGGAUGAAGAGUUGAAGGAACAUGAUUCGCAGUCAGCUCCAAAGAAGCGGAUCACACUUUGUGUUGAAGGAAACAUUAGUGUUGGAAAGACCACAUUCUUGCAGAGGAUAGCUAAUGAAACCCUUGAGCUUAGAGAUCUUGUGGAGAUAGUUCCCGAACCAAUUGACAAGUGGCAGAAUAUUGGUCCCGACCAUUUUAAUAUAUUAGAUGCAUUUUAUGCUGAGCCUGAGAGGUAUGCUUAUACCUUCCAAAACUAUGUGUUUGUUACUAGAGUCAUGCAGGAGAGGGAGUCGUCAGGUGGUCUUAAACCCCUCAGGCUGAUGGAGCGUAGUGUUUUCAGUGAUAGAAUGGUCUUUGUGAGAGCUGUCCAUGAGGCAAAGUGGAUGAAUGAAAUGGAGAUCAGCAUUUAUGAUUCAUGGUUUGAUCCAGUUGUUUCAAGUUUGCCGGGCCUUGUUCCUGAUGGUUUUAUCUACCUCAGAGCUAGCCCUGAUACCUGCCACAAGCGAAUGAUGCUGCGAAAGAGAUCAGAGGAAGGUGGAGUCACACUCAAAUACCUACACGACUUGCAUGAAAAGCAUGAAAGCUGGCUUUUCCCUUUCGAGAGUGGAAAUCAUGGAGUGCUGUCAGUUAGUAAGCUACCCAAAGAAAUCGACUGGACUCUACAUCCCAAUAUAAGGGAUCGUGUGGUUUAUUUGGACGGUGAUCACAUGCACUCAAGCAUCCAAAAGGUUCCUGCUUUGGUUCUUGACUGUGAGCCCGACAUUGAUUUUAGCAGAGAUAUAGAGGCCAAGCGCGAGUAUGCCCGACAAGUUGCUGAGUUCUUUGAAUUUGUAAAGAACAAAAAGGAAGUCCCUACAAAUGAUGCAAAGAGCAAUCAGCCCCAGGUAUUGCUGCCUCAUCAGGGUGAUGUCUGGUUGCCCGGGGGACCACGGCUGCCAGGUUCCAUCCUGAAUUCACUGGAUUUCAAACGGGCAAUGUCGUCUGUGUCUCAACAACAGUAGCAAUAGCUUCUGACCUAAUGAUGUGCACAGCUUAGUUUGUUUGUGUAAAAAGAUGCUAACCUGUGUAGGUGUGUUUGUUGCUUGCACCUUUUUAGAUUUCUAGGAGUGAUUUCUUUCUUGCAACCUCUGUAAAAAAAUGUUAACAGUUUGUUUGGGUUCUGUAGUGAAUUGACUACGUCUUGUGCU